UCGCUUUCGAAUACACUUGUACGAAAUAUAACACAAGCGGUUAUUCACCGGACAAACAACCCGAAAAUGGCUCUCUCAGAGGAUGACAUUCGCAAAGUGUGCGUUCAACCUGAUGCUGCGACAAAGGGUUUUUAUUUUCAACAAACCAUGAUGCGAAUAAAAGACCCAAAAGCAUCCUUGGAAUUUUACACCAAAGUGAUGGGAAUGAGGUUACUGAAGAAAAUGGAUUUUGAGGGCAUGAAGUUUUCCUUAUAUUUCCUGGCCUAUGACGAAGCCUCAAACAUUCCUGAGGGUGAAAAGGAGAAGACAAAAUAUUGUUUUGAGCAAAAAGCAACACUAGAACUUACUCAUAACUGGGGGACAGAAAAUGACACAGAGUCUUCCUAUCACAAUGGCAAUUCCACAAAGGAAGUUAUCUGA